AAAACAGCCAGAGGAUUUAGCAAGUUACAGCAACCGUCUGGAUUCCUGGCAGAGGUCCAAGUCCUGGAUUGUAUAGAGAACCCGACAUCAACCAAUGGAGAGGCCUGCUUCUAGGACGAAGGUUCUCCAGUACAGGAACAUACUCCAAUAAGUUCUGAACACACACAUGGCCGAAGGCCCCUCCUUGCAUCCAAAACUCCAAGUGGCUUCGAAUAUACCCAUAGAACUCAGUUCCCAAAUACCUCAAGACCCUGCAAGGAACUUAGCUUUUCAAAUGUGUCAGAAUCCCCUAAUGACUCCAGGAAGUACAAUGCAAUCAAGACUUUCAGUCCCUGAAAGGAACCUACUUCAGCAAGAGUCUCAAGGACCAACAAGACAAUCAGGUCGUAUGCCACUGUCAGAUAGAUAUGUUAACAAACAAACUGGCCCUAUGGCUUUAAGAAAGUUUCGAAAAGAACGCACUGUGUACUCCAAAGAACAGCAGUGCCUGCUGCAAAAACAUUUUGAUGAGUUCCAGUACCCAAACGAGAAGAAAAUUGUGGAGCUGGCACUAUCAGUUGGUGUUACAAAGAGGGAGAUCAAGAUCUGGUUCAAGAACAACCGAGCUAAGUACAGGCGGAUGAAGCUCCAGAAUAUAAAACAAGCACUGCCAGAGACAAAUGAAAGCUCUAAAGCGGUUUCUGAGUCAACCCAUUUUCCUGGUUCCAUACCUGUUGUUGACUCGGACAAUGGAGAGUCCAUGUGUUCAGGCACAUUUGGUGAGGAUUCCAUUCCCAAACUCAACUGCAGCCAGGAAUCUUCCCUGCAUUGUUUUCAGGCCUGUGAUGGGGACAUGUGUUGUCCGCAAGAAUACCAAGAAUACCAAGAAUACCUGCUUCAUGGCCAUGCCCCUGUUACAGCUUGGAACUCUGGUCAAUCAGCAGCAUUUGAAUCUCAAACUGACUUAGCAGUAGCUGAAGUUCCAGUCGGCCUGGCAUAUGCCGCCCAAGCCCCAGAGGAUGCUCACAAUUCAGGUCCAUGUGAAGAUGAGCUCUGGCAAAGGAUCCUUGAAGACUUGGACACAUCAGAUGACUGGCUUACUCUGAGAAACCUCUCCACUCCAGUUUACACCACUGAGGUCCUUGACCAGUCCAAGCCUUACAGCCAUGAAGAAGUGUGUUAUACACACCUUUAGUGUCAGUAUUUGGAGAAAAUUUUAUUUUACUUUUUUAUUGGGUAUUUAUUUCAUUUACAUUUCCAAUGCUAUCCCAAAAGACCCCCCUACCCUCCCCCCUUCCCUUCCCACUUCUUGGCCCUGGCAUUCCCCUGUACUGAGGCAGAUAAAGUUUGCACGACCAAUGAGUGUAAUCACUUUGAGAGCACAUAAUUCGGAGUCCAUUGGUAGAAAAUGAUACUUUGUUUAGUAUAUAUUUGGGGUGGCUGUGGAUUCAUGCAAUAUAGGGACUCGCUAUCAAGUCUAACUCCAGUUAUAUGAUUACCUACGCCCUCUCCUUGCUUCAGAGGUCACUACAUGCAACAGGAACCCUCAUAUACAUGCAGAACUUGCAAUCAUAUGAUAGAAAAGCAAUACAUCUGAUAAAUAAAUACUGUGAGCCAACUCCCC